AUGCGGGCCUCCACGCGCUUCACCAGGGUCCAGGACCUCCCGGAGCCGGAGACGCCCGCGUGGCUCCCGCGGAUCGCCCAGCACACCGUCACGCAGGAGCUCUCCAUGACGGUCGGGCUCCCGCGACAGAAGGACCUCCCGUCGCCGCGGCGUCGCACGAAACGCCCGGCUACAACAGCUCUCUUCGACGCCGCGACGCUCACAGCCCCGCAGGCCUACGAGCUCCCAAUCGUCAAGGAGCGGCGCCUCAAGGCGGCCCAGCACGCCGAGGCGCAGCAGGCAGCGCGCCAGCAGGCGGCAGGUGCCCAGGCUGCCGCCAACGGCAAGGCCAAGCCCGGGUCCCCGGGGUCCACCGCGAGCCCGCGCAAGACGCACGGCGCCGCGUCGCCCCCGGCCACGGGCGAGCGCCUGCCGGCCCUGCGCGGGCGCGCGGGCGCGAGCGGCGAGGUGGACGCCGGCAAGACGCCCAGCCUCUUGCAGGGCCGCCACCAGGCGAUGAUGCGGUCGAUGCGGUCGAUCCGGAACCUCGAGGCCGGGAUCUCGUCCUUCACGGGCGGCGCGCGCCUCGGGACCGCCGAGCACCUCCCCGGCGAGAACCUCGACGACGUCGCGGAAGAGGAUGCGGAGCGGCGGCCGCACCACAAGGAGAUGGACCUGGAGACGAUCGUCGCGAACUUCGACGGCAGCACGGUGCCCGGGAUCGAGACGGGCGACGACGUCCUGGAGUUCUACGCGCGCUUCGGGCAAGACGCGCCGAUCAAGUUCUUCUACUGUAUCAAGGCGGACACGGGGCUCGACUUCCGGCCGUACGACCUCGAGGUCGUGCGCCGCGAGGACGUCGGCAACCAGUACUACACCAUCUCGGCCACGGGGGUCAUGAAGAUCCGCCGCGGCGUCCAGAGCGAGUUCAUCUCGCUGGCGGAGUGGAUCCGCGAGAAGACGCUGUUCUCGCUGCUGCGGAACAUCCCCUUCUUCAAGCACUACAUCGUCGGGAACUUCUUCCGCGCGUGGCGCCAGACCGUCCGCCGCAAGCUGUUCAACCGCGUGCGCCAGAAGCUCUCCGCCAAGCUCUUCCUGGCGCAGCCGACCUUCCUCCCGAGCCUCGUCGAGGUGCAGGGGCACGUCUCCGCGCUGCGCGAGGUCGCGAUCACGGCCUCGCCCACGCACACGUGCGAGCUGCACUCGUACCUCGAGCUCCAGGUGACGCAGCGCGAGACCAAGGCCAAGACCGCGGUCGAGAGCGUGGUCGACCGCGUCCAGGGCGUCCUCGAGCGGCUCUGCAAGGAGGUGCAGAAGCAGGCGAAGCUCUACCAGGAGAGCAUCCGGGACAUUUCGGAGCUGGAGGACACCACCGGCGUGGACUUGUACGUCAAGGCCGGGGAGAAGAAGAAGUCGAUGGCGGCGAUCCGGCAGGAGAAGGUCGACCGCGCGGCGACGUACCGCCGCGUGAUGGAGGAGGCCGCGCGUCUGGGGGACUUCAUCCGCCUCGUCGACUACAUGCUGGUCGAGGCGGUGGUGGACCAGAGCGUGUCGGCCGUCGACGACGUGCGCGCGCUGCUGGAGAGCCCGCGGCAGCAGGCGCAGGACAAGCUCCCGCGCGGGGUGUUCCUCACGGUCCUGGACUUUGGCGUCGACGAGAGCAGCAUGGAGUUCUUCCCGCCGGAGCGCGCCGUGAGCGGCGUGAUCGACAGCGUCGUCGAGGGCAUCAUCACGCUCGCGCAGGCGGCGCCGCGCGUGCUCUUCAUGCGCAGCUUCGGGCAGUUCUUCGACGGGAAGCUGCAGGGGCUCAACCCGGUCCACAUCAUCACGCACGCGUCGCAGUACCUCGAGGCGCGCGACCGCAUCUCCGAGGUCAUCCGGAGCGACUACCAGCAGGCCGCGGACUACGCCCAGAUCUUCACGCAGUACCGGAAGAUCCACGAGUUCGGGCGGGCGUGGGACCCUGCGCAGUACGACAUGUCGAACGCGACGCUGGAGUCGCUGCGCGCGGACAUCUUCAAGCAGAUGGAGUGGAAGCUCGCGCUCGAGCGCAUGAAGAUCGGGCACGUCGAGGGCAUGCUGCAGAUCGACUCCAAGACGCUGCGCAACCGGAUGAUUCCCGUCACGCAGAAGACGCUCGACGACCUGAAGAUGAUGCUGGUCUCCAAGGCGCGCGACCUGUGCAGCAAGACGUCCGGGCUGAUGGAGAGCUACAUCCAGAGCCUCUCGCAGCGCCCGCAGGACCUCGACAUGUUUGUGCUGUACCAAGUCAUGCACCGCGAGAUCGUGGAGAAGAAGGCCGAGGUGCUCGAGCAGUUCGCGGAGGUCGAGGCCAUGUACCACUUCCUCGAGCGCGAGCUCGACCAGCGCGUGGCCUUCCAGGACGCCUCGAAGUUCGAGACGCUGAGUCAGGAGCUGCGGCCCGACUUCGAGCGCCAGCUGGACGACGGGCGCGAGUUCGUGCUCGAGCACGCGCAGGGCAUGAUCAGCAACCUCGACCAGGACAUCCGCUCCAUCAACAACGAGGCGAUGGAGCUCCUGGGCAACCUGCACUCGGGGCCCUCGAUGGACCCCGACAGCGACCCCGCGGGCAUGGUCGAGGAGCUCGAGCAGCUCCAGGAGCACAUGCAGGGCAUGCGCAAGCGCGCGGCGCAGCUGCAGGAGUACCAGCGUCUGUUCGACGUCCCGACGGACGACAUGUCGAACCUGUCGCUGAUGGAGCGCGAGGUGCAGGCGCGGUCGACGAUCUGGAACACGCUGGCGCAGUUCGAGCAGAGCAAGCUCGACUGGCUCAACGGGCCCGUGCUCGAGCUGGACGUGGAGCAGAUCGUCCCGCAGGUGGACAACUUCGGCACCACUGGCUACAAGCUGGGCAAGCAGCUCAAGGACGACCGCGUGGUGUUCCGGCUGCGCGAGGCCGUGGACGAGUUCCGCGAGCUGCUGCCGCUCGUCGAGCAGCUCGCGAACCCGGCGCUCAAGGUCCGGCACUGGGAGGCGGUGUUCGCCAUGGUGGGCGAGCCCGGGUUUGACGUGCAGGGCGAGCCGUUCGCGAUCAACGACCUGCUGCAGCUCGGCGUGCGCAACAAGAUGGACAAGGUCCAGGAGAUCAGCGCGACGGCGAGCAAGGAGUACUCGCUCGAGAAGGCGCUCGACAAGAUGGCUGCGGACUGGGAGGGCCUGGACUUCAUCGUGGUUCCGUACAAGGACACGGGGACGUACAUCCUGGGCGGCGUGGACGAGAUCCAGAUGAUCCUGGACGACCAGAUCGUGAAGAUCCAGUCGAUGCGGGCGUCGCCGUUCAUCAAGCCCUUCGCGGACCGCUGCGCCAUGUGGGACGACACCCUCAACACGCUGCAGAGCAUCAUCGACAACCAGCUCGCGUGCCAGGCGACCUGGCAGUACCUCGAGCCCAUCUUCUCCUCCCCGGACAUCAUGAAGCAGAUGCCCACCGAGGGCGAGAAGUUCCAGCAGGUCGACCAGACCUGGCGCGAGCUCAUGGAGCAGAUGCUCAAGAGCCCGGGCUGCCUGGUGGUCGCGCGCGACAAGACGCGCCUCGCGCAGCUCAAGGAGGCGAACGAGCUGCUCGACGACAUCCAGAAGGGCCUCGCGGCGUACCUCGAGCUCAAACGCAUCGCGUUCCCGCGCUUCUUCUUCCUGUCGAACGACGAGAUGCUCGAGAUCCUCUCCGAGACCAAGGACCCGCUGCGCGUGCAGCCGCACCUGAACAAGUGCUUCGAGGGCAUCCACCGGCUCGACUUCCAGCCCAACACGGACGUGCACGGCAUGAUGUCGGUGGAGGGCGAGAAGGUGCCGUUCCGCACGCACGUGAAGCCCAAGGAGGCCAACGGCGCGGUGGAGAAGUGGCUGCUCCAGGUCGAGCACUCUAUGCUCGAGGCCGUCAAGCACGUCACCGGGCAGUCGAUCGAGGCGUACGCGACGACGCCGCGCAAGGAGUGGGUGCUGCAGUGGCCGGGCCAGAUCGUGCUGGUGGUCACGGCGGUGGACUGGACCGCGGGCGUCGAGGCGGUCUUCGAGGAGGGCCGCAAGGGCGCGUUGCAGGAGUACACCGACAAGUGCACCGCGCAGCUGGGCGACAUCGUGGAACUGGUGCGCGGGGACCUCUCGAAGCUGGACCGCGCCACGCUGUCGGCGCUGGUGGUCAUGGACGUGCACGCGCGCGACGUGACCGCGGAGCUCGCGCGGCAGGGCCUGGAGGCCGAGGAGAACCCCUUUGCGUGGCAGUCGCAGCUGCGCACGUACUGGGAGGCGAUCAACGAGGGCGAGGACCUGACGGUGGUGUGCAAGAUGAUGAACGCGCACGUGGAGUACGGCUACGAGUACCUCGGCAACUCGUCCCGCCUCGUCAUCACCCCGCUGACGGACCGCUGCUACCGCACGCUCAUGGGCGCCGUGCACCUCAACCUCGGCGGCGCGCCCGAGGGCCCCGCGGGGACGGGCAAGACCGAGACGACGAAGGAUCUGGCCAAGGCGCUCGCGCGGCAGUGCGUCGUCUUCAACUGUUCGGACCAAAUCGGAUAUUUGCAGAUGGCCAAGAUGUUCAAGGGGCUCGCGUCGUCCGGUGCGUGGGCGUGCUUCGACGAGUUCAACCGCAUCGACCUCGAGGUGCUCAGCGUCGUCGCGCAGCAGGUCCUCGAGAUCCAGCUCGCCGUCAAGCACAAGGUCAAGACGUUUGUCUUCGAGGGCUCGGAGAUCCCGCUCAAGCCCACGUGCAACGUGUUCAUCACCAUGAACCCGGGGUACGCCGGGCGGUCGGAGCUCCCGGACAACCUCAAGGCGCUCUUCCGGACGGUCGCGAUGAUGGUGCCGGACUACGCCAUGAUCGCGGAGAUCAUCCUGUACUCGUACGGGUACCUGCAGGCGCGCGACAGCGCGCGGAAGAUCGUCGCGACGUACAAGCUGUGCUCCGAGCAGCUCUCGAGCCAGUUCCACUACGACUACGGCAUGCGCGCGGUCGUGGCGGUGCUGCGCGCGGCGGGCAACCUGAAACGGCAGCACCCGAACGAGGACGAGUUCGUACUCAUGCUGCGCUCGAUCAUCGACGUCAACCUCUGCAAGUUCCUCAGCCAGGACGUGCCGCUGUUCAACGGCAUCGUGUCGGACCUGUUCCCGGGCGUGAAGCUCCCCGCACCCGACUACGACAACCUGCGCGGCGCCAUCCAGGACCAGUGCAAGAAGCGCAACCUGCAGUGCGUGCCGUACUUCGAGCUCAAGACGAUCCAGCUGUACGAGAUGGUCGUCGUGCGGCACGGCCUCAUGAUCGUAGGCCUGCCCUUCUCGGGCAAGUCGUCGUGCCUGCACGUGCUCGCCGGCGCGCUCGGGCAGCUCAAGGCGGCGGGGAAGACCGGGCCGCUGUUCGAGCAGGUCCGCAUGGAGGUGGUCAACCCGAAGUCCGUCACCAUGGGCCAGCUGUACGGCGAGACGGACCGCGCCACGCAGGAGUGGAAGGACGGCAACCUCGCGGGCGCCUUCCGCAAGCUGGCCAACCCCGCGGACACGUCCACGGACCGCAAGUGGUGCGUGCUGGACGGGCCGGUCGACGCCAUCUGGAUCGAGAACAUGAACACGGUGCUCGACGACAACAAGAAGCUCUGUUUGCCGAACUCGGAGAUCAUCGCCAUGCAUCCGAACAUGUCGAUGAUCUUCGAGGUGGGCGACCUCCGCGCGGCGUCGCCCGCGACCGUCUCGCGGUGCGGCAUGGUGUACCUCGAGCCCUCGGAGCUGGGCUGGCCGCCGCUGCUCAAGUCGUGGCUCAACACGCUGCCCGCCGCGAACCUCGGCGCCGACAUCGUCGAGCGGAUCGGCAAGCUGUACGACUGGCUCAUGCUGCCGUGCCUGCGCUUCUCGGAGCACAUCGCGACGGAGAUUUCCCCGACGGCGCCGUCGGCCGUCGCGAACAGCGCCAUGCGCCUGACCAAGGCCCUCCUGGACGAGUUCCAGACCCCCGCGCAAGACGAGUCCCUCGACGGCGACGCCGCGGCCGCGGAGCCCCCGCAGGCGGCCCCCGGCGCCGCGUUCGACGACCGCAAGAAGGCCCGCUGGGUCGACGCGAUCGUGAUGUUCUCGCUCGUGUGGUCGGCGGGGUGCACCGGCGACGCCGAGUCCCGGCUCAAGUUCGACAAGUUCUUCCGCGAGCUGCUGUCGGGCCUGCAGCCCGAGGAGGUCCGCGACUUCAUGACCGACUGCCACCCCGUGGACCUGGUCAUGGAGCCGUUCCCGGCCACGGGCACGGUCUUCGAGUUCCUCUUCGACAAGACGAAUGGCGCGUGGAAGGCCUGGGCGGACACCCUCCCGGAGGUCAACAUUCCGGAGAACGCGCAGUUCAGUGACAUCAUCGUCCCGACGAUCGACUCGGCGCGCUACACCUUCCUCCUGGACCUCGCGAUCCAGCACCAGCAGCCCAUGCUCCUGGUCGGCCCGACGGGCACCGGCAAGAGCGUCUACAUCCGGCGGCACCUCGUGUCGGGGCUGCCCAAGGGGGCGUGGGUGCAGAUCUUCGUCACGAUGUCGGCGCGCACGACCGCGAACAUGACGCAGGACCAGAUCGACGGCCGCCUGGACAAGCGCCGCAAGGGCAUCUACGGGCCGCCGAUCGGGCAGCGCGCCAUCGUGUUCAUUGACGACAUGAACAUGCCGGCCAAGGAGCAGUACGGCGCGCAGCCGCCCAUCGAGCUCCUGCGCCAGUUCAUGGACUACUCCGGGUGGUACGCUCGCGAGGGCAAGGGUUGGAUGUUCCGGCACAUGGACGACGUGCAGCUGGUGGGGGCCAUGGGUCCGCCGGGCGGCGGGCGGUCGUUCAUCACGGACCGCUUCUUGCGGCACUUCAACACGGUCGCGGUGACGCAGGUCGAGGACACUACGCUCCUGAAGAUCUUCAACACCAUCCUCGGGUGGCACUUCUCGGCGCAGGGGUUCCCUGAGGAGAUCAAAGUGCUCGGGCCGAAGAUCGUGUCGGCGACGCUGCAGAUCUACGACGCGUGCCUGCAGAGCCUACUGCCCACGCCGCUCAAGUCGCACUACACGUUCAACCUGCGCGACUUCGCGCGCGUCGUCCAGGGCGUGAUGUUGCUGCCGAUUUUGUCGCUGCCCGACGACGAGGAGGGCAAGCCGCCGCAGGGGCCGGGCGUGUACUGCCGGCUCUUCGUGCACGAGGUGUUCCGCGUGUUCUACGACCGCCUCGUCGACAAGGAGGACAGGGAGUGGCUGGUGGACACGGCGGGCAGCGCCAUCACCACGCACCUGGAGACGUCGCUGGAGGCGCUGUUCCCGCACCUGGUGCCGGAGGGCGAGGGCGCUAAGAUCGGCACCGAGCAGAUGCGCAGCGUGAUGUUUGGGGACUUUUUGGACACCGAGGCGGACGACCCCGCGCUGCGGCAGUAUGCGGAGGUCACCGACACCGGGCGGGCGAUCAGCGCGAUGGAGGACUUCCUGCGCGACUACAACGGCAUGUCGAAGCGGCCGAUGAACCUCGCGAUGUUUUUGUUCGCCGUGGAGCACGUGAGCCGCAUUUGCCGGCUGCUGAAGCAGCCGGGCGGGAACAUGCUGCUGGUCGGCGUGGGCGGGUCCGGGCGGCAGUCGCUCACGCGGCUCGCGGCGUUCAUGUGUGGGAUGGAGGUCUUCCAGGUCGAGAUCAGCAAGAACUACUCCAAGUCCGACUGGCACGAGGACCUCAAGGCCAUCUUGCGGAAGGCCGGCGGGGAGGGCAAGCCGUCGGUGUUUUUGUUCAGCGACACGCAGAUCAAGGACGAGUCGUUCGUGGAGGACCUCAACAACAUCCUCAACUCGGGCGAGGUGCCCAACAUGUUCCCCCAGGACGAGCGCAUGACGGUGAUGGAGCAAGUGCGGCCCAUGGCGUCCAAGCGCGGGCUCGAGACGCCGCUCGAGCUGUGGGGCUACUUCGUCAAGGAGUGCUCGAACAACCUGCACAUCAUGUUCUGCAUGAGCCCCAUCGGGAACGCCUUCCGCGAGCGCCUGCGGCAGAACCCGUCACUUAUCAACUGCUGCACCAUCGACUGGUUCACCGCGUGGCCGAGCGACGCGCUCCAGGCCGUCGCGCAGCAGUUCCUCAAGGACGUCGACCUCCAGCCCGAGCAGCGCGAGUCGAUCGUCGGCAUCUGCCAGCACUUCCACCUCUCGAUGCAAGACGCGUCGCUGCGGUUCCGCGAGGAGCUGGGCCGGUACAACUACGUCACGCCGACGUCGUACCUCGAGCUGCUGUCCAUGACCAAGUCGCUCCUGGCGAAGAAGCGCAGCGAGAACCUCGAGCAACAGAAGCGCUACCUGGUUGGUCUGGAGAAGCUCAAGUCGAGUCAGGAGCAGGUGGCGCAGAUGCAGGAGGAGCUCCGCGCGCUGCAGCCGCAGCUCGUGAAGACCGUGGGCGAGGUCGAGCAGCUGAUCAAGGAGAUUGCGCAGAACAAGACCGAGGUGGUGGAGCCCAAGGCGGCGGUGGUGAAGACAGAGGAGGCGGCGGCGCAGAUCAAGGCCGACGAGGCCAAGGCGCUGAAGGACCAGUGCGAGGAGGAGCUGGGCAAGGCGAUGCCCAUCCUGAACGACGCGCUCUCGGCGCUGGACACCAUCAAGGAGGCGGACAUCAACUACGUCAAGAAGCUGACCAACCCGCCGGGCGUGAUCAAGCUGGUGAUGGAGGCGGUGUGCGUGAUCCUCGAGGUCAAGCCGCAGCGCGUGAACAAGGACGGCGCGAUGGUCAACGACUAUUGGAAGCCGUCGCUGCAGCUCCUGAACCAGAAGGACUUUUUGCAGACUCUGAAGGAGUACGACAAGGACAACAUUCCGCCGAAGAUCAUCAGCAAGAUCCGCAGCGAGUACACGAACCGCGAGGACUUCACGCCCGCGAACGCGAAGAACGCGUCGUCCGCCGCGGAGGGCAUGUGCAAGUGGGUGGUUGCCAUGGACAAGUACGACGUGGUCGCGAAGCAGGUCGCGCCGCUCUCGGCCGCGCAGGAGAAGGCGCAGAGCGAGUACGACGUCGUCAUGGAGGGCCUGCGCGGCAAGCAGGCCGAGCUGAAGAGCCUCAUGGACAAGCUGGCGGAGAUGGAGGCUGAGCUCAAGUCGAGUUCGGAGAAGAAGGACAGGCUCGAGGCCGAGGUGGAGCUGUGCACGCUGAAGCUCGAGCGCGCGGAGAAGCUCAUCGGCGGGCUCGGCGGCGAGCAGAUGCGCUGGACGGAGGCCGCGGAGACGUUGCGGUCGGCGCACGACAAGCUCACGGGCGACAUGCUGGUGUCGGCGGGCGUGAUCUCGUACCUCGGCGCGUUCACGGCGCACUUCCGGGGCGACAUCGUCAAGUCGUGGGCCGCGCUCCUCGCGGAGGAGAAGAUCCCGCACAGCGACAACUUCAACAUGGCGGCGGUGCUGGGCGACCCGGUCAAGGUGCGGGAGUGGCUCAUCGCGGGGCUGCCGAACGACGGGUUCUCGAUCGACAACGGCAUCGUCGUCGCGAACGCGCGCCGCUGGCCGCUCAUGAUCGACCCCCAGGGCCAGGCGAACAAGUGGAUUAAGAACAUGUGCCGUUCCGCCAACCUGCAAGUCAUCAAGCUCGACGGCGGGGCGUACAUGCGCACGCUCGAGAACGCGAUCCAGUUCGGCCUCCCCGUCCUCCUCGAGAACGUCGGCGAGGAGCUCGAUCCGUCGUUGGAGCCGCUGCUGCUGAAGCAGGUGUUCAAGAACGGCGGGGUGGACAGCAUCAAGCUGGGCGACAGCGUGAUCGAGUACUCGCCGGACUUCCAGUUCUUCAUCACCACGAAGAUGCGCAACCCGCACUACCUCCCGGAGAUCGCGGUCAAGGUCACGCUGCUGAACUUCAUGAUCACGCUGGCGGGCCUCAGCGACCAGAUGCUGGGCGUCGUGGUGGCCAAGGAGCGCCCGGACCUCGAGGAGCAGCACAGCCAGCUCGUCGUGCAGAGCGCGGAGAACAAGCGCCGGCUCAAGGAGAUCGAGGAUCAGAUUCUCCAGGUGCUGUCGAGCUCGGAGGGCAACAUCCUGGAGGACGAGACGGCGAUCCAGGUCAUCACGGACGCCAAGGUGCUCGGGAAGGAGAUCGAGGAGAAGCAGAAGAUCGCGGAGGUGACCGAGAAGGAGAUCGAGACGGCGCGCGAGAACUACGCGCCGUGCGGCGACUACGUCAGCCUCCUCUUCUUCUGCAUCAGCGAUCUGGCCAACAUCGACCCGAUGUACCAGUACUCGCUCCCGUGGUACAUCAACCUCUUCGUGGCCUCGAUCCAGGCCGCGAACGCGGCCGACGACGUCCCGCAGCGCCUGGCGAACAUCCACGACCACUUCACGUACAGCCUGUACUGCAACGUGUGCCGCUCGCUCUUCGAGAAGGACAAGCUGCUGUUCGCGUUCCUGCUCUGCGCGCGCAUCGAGGAGUCGCGCGGGAACAUCGACUCGGACGAGUGGAUCUUCCUGCUCACGGGCGGCGUGACGCAGCCCAAGGAGGUGAACAACCCGGCGUCCGACUGGCUGGUGGACCGCGGCUGGCGCGAGAUCUGCAAGCUCGGGAUGCUCCCGGCGUUCGACGGGAUCGUCGCCAGCUUCCUCGCGGACCCGGGGGAGUGGAAGAAGCUGUACGACUCGCCGGAGCCGCAGAAGGAGACGUUCCCGGGUGUGUGGAACGACGUGUCUGCUUUCCGGCGCCUGAUGAUCACGCGGUGCAUCCGGCUGGACAAGGUCAGCUCGGCGGUGCAGGACUUCGUCGCGAACAACCUCGGCACGCGCUUCGUGGAGCCGCCCGCGUUCAACCUGCACGCGUGCUACAACGACUCGUCGCCGGUGACGCCGCUCAUCUUCGUGCUGUCGGCGGGGUCGGACCCGACGGCCGCGCUCCUGCAGUUUGCGGGCGAGAAGGGCAUGGACUCGCGCCUCUUCUCGAUCUCGCUCGGGCAGGGGCAGGGCCCCAAGGCCGAGGUCAUGAUGAAGCAGGGCAUGCAGGACGGGUCGUGGGUGACGCUGUACAACGCGCACCUCGCGCCGUCGUGGAUGCCGUCGCUGGACCGCAUCUGCGAGCAGAUGGACAUCACGAAGGUCCACCCGGACUUCCGCCUGUGGAUCACGUCGUACCCGAGCCCCAAGUUCCCCGUCAGCAUCCUCCAGAACGGAGUCAAGAUGACCAACGAACCGCCCAAGGGCAUCCGCGCCAACAUGCGCCGCACGCUGCACCUCGAGCCCAUGUGCAACGAGGAGUUCUUCGAGGGCAGCUCGAAGCCGGAGGUCUUCAAGCGGCUCCUCUUCGGGCUCACCUUCUUCCACGCCGUGGUGCAGGAGCGGCGCAAGUUCGGGCCGCUCGGGUGGAACAUCCAGUACGGGUUCGACGACGGGGACCUGCGGAUCUCCGCGCAGCAGCUGCGGAUGUUCCUCGACGAGAACAAGAAGAUCCCGUACGAGGCGCUGCUGUACGCCACGGGCGAGUGCAACUACGGCGGGCGCGUGACGGACGACAAGGACCGGCUGCUGCUCAACACCAUCCUCUCCAAGUGCUACUCGACGCACGUGGCCGAGGAGGACAAGGCGCCGCUCAGCCAGUCCGGCACGUACUUCGUUCCCGAGCCCGGGACCCUGCAGGACAUGUUGGCGUACAUCGACUCGCUGCCCAUCACGCCGAUGCCGGAGGUCUUCGGGCUGCACGACAACGCCGACAUCACGAAGGACCAGAACGACUCGCUGCGGAUCUUCGAGUCGAUGCUCGCGAUGAGCGGCGGCGGCGGCGGCGGCGGCGGCGCGGCGGCGGCCGCCGUCGAGGAGCGCGUGGGCGUGGUGGUGCGGGACUGCAUGGCCGCGCUCCCGCCGCAGUUCGACAUCGAGCGCGUGCAGCUCAAGUACCCCGUGCUGUACGAGGAGAGCAUGAACACGGUGUUGGCCCAGGAGAUGCUGCGCUUCAAUCGCCUCACGGCCAACAUCAAGGAGUCCCUGCACGCCAUCGACCUGGCCAUCCAGGGGCUGCAGGUCAUGUCCGCGGAGCUCGAGGCGGCGUACAACUCCAUCAGCCUCAACCAGGUGCCGGAGCUGUGGAAGAAGGACAGCUACCCCACGCUCAAGCCGCUGGGGUCGUACUUGACGGACCUGUACGCGCGGCUGAAGAUGCUCCAGGACUGGUACGAGCACGGGCAGCCGCCGAUCUUCUGGAUGUCGGGCUUCUUCUUCGUGCAGUCGUUCCUGACCGCCGCGUUGCAGAACUACGCGCGGCGGCACACCAUCCCCAUCGACGAGGUCGGGUACGACUACCAGAUGCUCGGGAUGGACCCGGAGGACUACGUCGAGCCGCCCGAGGCCGGCGUGUACGUGCACGGCAUGUUCCUCGAGGGCUGCGACUGGGACUCGGAGGAGCAGACGCUGUGCGAGAGCAAACCCAAGGUGCUGUUCGUGCCGGCGCCGUGCAUCUGGAUGGUGCCGAAGAAGACGGCGGACUUCUCGGAGUACCCGCACUACAACUGCCCGCUGUACCGGACGACGGAGCGCAAGGGCACGCUGGCGACGACCGGGCACUCGACCAACUUUGUGUCCUUCAUUCGGCUCCCGCUCAACGCGCGCGAGGAGCCCGCGAAGUACAUCAUGCUCGGCGUCGCGAUGGUGCUCGCGCUGAGCGAUUGA